AUGUUGGGUCCUGCACUUGGCGAUGCAGAUACCCCAGAUUCCAGUAAAUCGAUAUAUAUUGGGACAUCGCCAGUGGCAACAGCAGGCCAAGAUGCGGUGCUCACGAUGACAGCCCGCGAGCAGAACAAGAAUAUUGUACCAGAAACGUCAAGCUUGGGAGAUGCAGCGGUGACAGUGUCAAGCAUACUUCCUAGUGGAUCGGAUUCAUGGCCCUCUGUCAGCGAGUUGACCACAUUCUCAGCACCAACUGGGACAUCGACUCUCAAGGAUAUCAGUGCACCAGAAGCCGGUCCAAUAUCAACCAGCCAACUAGAUGUAACGAGUUCAUAUUACCCAUCACCAACACCCUCAACCACACCUUCAAAUUCGAACCCACCCUCUCUCGAAUCCACCCAAACAGCCUCCUCAACAGCCAUAACCUCAACCUCCUCAACCUCCUCAACAACCUCAGCAACUAGCGAUUCAACCACUUUCUCCGGCGGCCCAUCAAAAACAACAAAGAUCGCCAUAGCAGUCCCAGUCUCAAUAAUCGGCCUAGCGCUAAUCCUAGCGCUCAUAUUCUUCCUCUCCCGCCGACGGCGCCGCCAAAAAGAACGCAAUGCCCUGCCGCCAUCAUAUGAUAUAGCAACAGGCCAUCGAAGUGCAGUAUCAACACAGGAGCUAAUGAUAUCGCCGAAAUCCUCGACUCCAGAACCAAGACGUCCAUUCUCCGCACCGGCAAUGUCCACACCAGCCAUGUCUAUGCCCAUGCCUGUCCCCCGAAUCCCGAUUAUCAGCAUCUCGCCCUCGACUGAAAGUCGGGGCCGAACGCCCAGUCCCGGUCCUAGUUCUGGAGCCUCCUUGCGCCGCAUGUCUAUGGCUCAUGGACCUAAUGACUCUGUGGCAGAGCUUGGGGUUGCGGUUGCGGUUCCGAUGGAUCAGAGACGGAGUGCUACAGAGCAGGAUUUCAGGGGUCGGGUUGCGUCGGUUGCGUCGUCGAGGGGGCCGUCCCGGUUGGCUAGGAUGCCGUUUGAGGAUUUUUCGGAUGAUGAGGUUGGUAUUGGUAUUGCUCGAGGUGGUUCGGAUGAUGAGUAUGAUGAUGCUGUUUCCGAUGUGUCAGAUCUGGAUGGCCGGAGAAGGGAGAGAGACUUCGAUGAGCAUUCCGUGGUGUCGUCUUUUGAUGAGGUGUCACCAAUAGGCGAGCAGGAAAGGAGGCGGUUUCGGGGGGUUUGA